CUCCUGUUUGCUGCUCCUCUCUCGCUCUCUCUGACACAAACUCUGUGUCUCCCUGACCAUCUCUCCUCACCGCUAUGGCCGGAGUCAAGAAGCUCCCAUUGCAGACCAGCAACAACGCCAAUGUUCCAAGCUCGCGUUCCCUGGCACCCUCUGGCAAGACCAUCGAAGAAACCUACCAGAAGAAGACUCAGCUUGAACACAUCCUUCUCCGACCUGACACCUACGUUGGAUCGAUCGAGAAGCACACUCAGACUCUCUGGGUCUACGAGGGCGGGGAAAUGGUCCACCGUCCCGUCACCUUCGUCCCUGGCCUCUACAAGAUAUUCGAUGAGAUCCUCGUCAAUGCGGCCGACAACAAGCAGCGUGACCCAUCCAUGGAUUCCGUCAAGGUCGAUAUAGAUGUUGAGCAGAACUGCAUCAGUGUGUAUAACAAUGGCGAUGGGGUUCCCAUCGAGAUCCAUCAGGAGGAAGGGGUUUAUGUGCCUGAAUUGAUCUUCGGGCAUCUUUUGACUAGCAGUAAUUACGAUGAUGCACAGAAGAAGACGACUGGUGGGAGGAAUGGAUAUGGGGCGAAGCUCACCAACAUCUUUUCUACUGAAUUUGUUAUCCAGACUGCCGAUGGUAGGAGGCAGAAGAAGUAUAAACAGGUAUUUUCAAACAAUAUGGGGAAGAAAUCGGAGCCUGCCAUAAAUAAGUGCAAGGAAGGAGAGAACUGGACUAGGGUUUCAUUCAAGCCUGACUUGGCUAAAUUCAACAUGACUCACCUUGAGGAUGAUGUUGUUGCCUUAAUGAAAAAGAGGGUGAUUGAUAUAGCUGGAUGCCUAGGUAAGACAGUCAAGGUUGAGUUGAAUGGGCAGCGGGUGCCUGUAAAGUCAUUCGUUGAUUAUAUCAAUCUCUACCUUCAAUCUGCCUCCAAAAACAGGCCGGAUCCCCUCCCAAGAAUGGGGGAGAAAGUUAAUGAGAGGUGGGAAAUAUGCGUGAGUCUAAGUGAAGGGCAGUUUCAACAGGUCAGCUUUGUGAAUGGGAUUGCCACCAUCAAAGGUGGAACUCAUGUUGACUAUGUUACUAACCAGAUCACAAACCAUGUGAUGAGCAUAGUAAACAAAAAGAACAAGAAUGCCAACCUUAAGGCUCAUGUAGCGAAGAACCAUAUAUGGGUCUUUGUCAAUUGUCUCGUUGACAACCCCGCCUUUGAUUCUCAGACCAAAGAGACCUUGACUACUAAGCAAAGCAGUUUUGGAUCGAAAUGUGAACUCUCGCAGGAGUUCUUGAAAAAAGUGGCUAAGUCUGGAGUGGUGGAAAGUCUGCUUUCUUGGGCAGAUUUCAAGCAGAGCAAAGAUCUUAAAAAAACUGAUGGAGCAAAGAGACAAAGAAUUACAGGUAUUACCAAGCUUGAGGAUGCUAAUGAUGCUGGAGGGAAGAACUCCGAAAAAUGUACGUUGAUCCUGACAGAAGGAGAUUCGGCUAAGGCUCUUGCAAUGGCAGGCAUAUCUGUUGUAGGCCGCAACAACUAUGGAGUGUUCCCAUUGAGGGGUAAGCUACUCAAUGUGAGGGAAGCAAAUCACAAACAGAUCAUGGAUAAUGCCGAAAUCCAGAACAUCAAGAAGAUUCUUGGUUUGCAGCAAGGAAAGGAGUAUGACACUGUCAAAACACUGAGAUAUGGCCAUUUAAUGAUAAUGACUGAUCAGGAUCAUGAUGGGUCUCAUAUCAAGGGAUUACUGAUUAAUUUUAUCCAUUCAUUCUGGCCCUCUCUGCUUAAAAUUCCAUCCUUUUUGGUGGAGUUUAUAACACCCAUUGUGAAGGCAACUCACAAAAAUGGAAAGGUCUUAUCUUUCUAUUCAAUGCCUGAGUAUGAAUCAUGGAAGGAAAGUUUGGAGGAAAAAUCCAGUGGCUGGUCUAUCAAGUACUAUAAGGGGUUGGGUACUAGCACAUCAAAAGAAGGCAAGGAGUAUUUCAAAGAUCUUCACAAGAACAAGAAAGAUUUUUUGUGGGUAGAUGAGCAAGACGGAGAAGCCAUUGAGCUUGCAUUCAGCAAGAAGAAGAUUGAAGCAAGGAAGAACUGGCUCAGGCAAUUUGAGCCUGGUACUUAUCUUGAUCAGAAGGAGAAGCUCAUAAAGUACAGUGACUUUGUCAACAAAGAGCUGAUACUAUUUUCCAUGGCUGAUCUGCAAAGAUCAAUCCCGUCUAUGGUGGAUGGUCUGAAACCAGGCCAACGAAAGAUUCUGUUCUGCUCUUUCAAGAGGGGUUUUGUGAAAGAAGCAAAGGUUGCCCAGUUUUCGGGUUAUGUAUCUGAGCAUUCAGCUUACCACCAUGGUGAGGCGAGUCUCCAAAGCACAAUAAUUGGAAUGGCACAGGAUUAUAUUGGAAGCAAUAACAUAAAUCUUAUGAAACCAAAUGGCCAAUUUGGCACCAGGCACCAGGGAGGCAAAGAUCAUGCGAGUGCAAGGUACGUUUACACUUGUCUAUCUCCUAUCACACGGUUCUUGUUCCCCAAGGAAGAUGAUAUCCUACUUGACUAUUUGAAUGAAGAUGGACAGUCUAUUGAACCCACUUGGUACAUGCCAAUUGUCCCUACGGUUCUAAUCAAUGGAAGUGAAGGAAUUGGGACAGGGUGGAGCUCUUACAUUCCCAAUUACAAUCCAAGAGAUAUUAUUGCAAAUAUCAGGCACUUGUUGAAUGAUGAACCUAUGGAACCCAUGGAUCCAUGGUACAAGGGAUUCAAGGGGUCAAUUGAGAAAACAGCAACAAAGGAAACGGGGGUGAGCUACACUGUCAGUGGGAUCAUAGAGGAAAUCAAUGAGACAACAAUCAGAAUCACAGAACUACCCAUCCGGAGGUGGACCCAGGAUUAUAAGGAGUUCUUGGAGUCUAUAAUGACAGGAAAUGACAAAAUCAAGGACACAUUCAUCAAGGAUUAUAAGGAGCACAAUGAUGACACAACUGUUGAUUUUGAAGUCAUCAUGUCUGAGGAAAACCUGAUGGCAGCCAAGCAAGAGGGCCUGUUGAAAAAGUUUAAACUUACUACUACAAUCAGCACAAGCAACAUGCACCUUUUUGAUGCAAAAGGUGUAAUUAAGAAAUAUGACACCCCAGAGCAAAUUCUUGAGGAAUUCUUUCAUUUAAGGAUUGAAAUCUAUGAAAAAAGAAAGAAAGUACUGUUGGAAAAUUUAGAAAUGGAGCUGUUGAAAUUGGCCAACAAGGUCAGGUUCAUACUUGGGGUUGUGAAUGGGGAGAUUAUUGUUAGCAACAGGAAGAGAAUUGAUUUGUUCCAGGAGCUGCACAAGAAAGGUUUUACUCCAUUCCCAAAGAAAGGCAAGACUAAUGAAGUAGCAGUGGCUGGGGCAACUGAAGUUGGAGAAGAAAAUGAAGAAAACUCAGAGAUUGCCGGAAGCAAGGGAGUAAGAGCAACUGACUAUGAGUAUCUUCUGUCAAUGGCUAUUGGAACACUGACUCUGGAGAAGGUUCAGGAGCUCAUUGCUAAUAGGGAUCAGCUCGAAAGUCAAGUGGAUGAGUUGAAGAAGGCUACUCCAAAGUCUUUGUGGUUGAAGGAUCUUGAAGCACUUGAGAAGGAACUUGAUGAGCAAGACAAGAAUGAUUACCGGACAGAGGAGACAAGAAAGGAGUUUAAAAGACAAGUGAUGAAAGAAGCUGGUAUGAAAGUACCAAGACAUGCUCCGAAAAAUCCACGGAAGAACAAUACAAAGAAAUCCAGUAAUCUGGAGCUUAUUGCAGAAUCUGCUGCAGCAUCCUCCGAUAGUUCUGCAAUAGACACUGAGAAUGUUCCUGAGGUGGUGAAACCCAAAGGCAGAGCAGGAACAAGGAAAGCUCCUGCUAAAAAGCAAGUAAAGGUCAAGUCAGUUGAUAGUGAUGAGGAUGAUGAAGACAUUCUCGAACUAAAAGACCGACUGGCAGCAUAUAAUCUUGAAUCUUCACCGGAACUAUCAACAACAGCCAUGGAAACUGAAGCAACCCAAGUACCACCAGCAGGGGAGAAGAAAGAACCAGGCAAGAGGGGUGCCAGUAAAACCAAUGCAGCCACGAAGAAGCGGGGACAGGCGAACAAGCAAGCACAGACUCUGUUGAAUCAGAAGCUAAUAACUGAGGUUCUGAAGCCUGCUGAAAAUGCAGGGGUGUCACCUGAGAAGAAAGUGAGGAAGAUGAGAGCUUCCCCAUUCAACAAGAAGAGUGGUUCUGUGUCGGACAGGGUUGGAGGAACGAGCAGCAAUAUUGAGGAAUUGAAUUCUGAUUCUGAAAAUACCGAUGGGGAUAGUGAUGUUGAGGUUGAUGUUGUGCCGGCUCCAGCUAGGCCAAGACCGCAGAGGGCUAACCGAGGGCAGUCCAAGUAUGUGAUAAGUGAUUCAGAGAGCGAAGAGGAUCCUGCUGAUGAUUCUGAUUUUGAAGAGGAUGAAGAUUGAUAAAUUAUCCUCAAUUCUCAGGCCACCU